UAAGCAAGAUGUUAUUAUUGAAAGAGAGAGAGAGAGAGGGAUUGAUUAUCCCAAAACCACUAGCAAUAUUGUUUUGGUUGACAAUUAGAUACCCCGUGUUGGGCAGGGAGAUUAACAAGCUUGAAAUGGGUAAGAGAACUGAAACUUUUCAUGCUUUUAAUCCCUCCAUCUUCAUCCUAUUCUUUUUCAGCUUGUUUCUGUCACAGCAUUAUUGUGUAGAAGUUUAUAACAUAACUUCUUCACAACCAUUAGCAGAGGGACAAACUCUUGUCUCCCCAGGCCACAUUUUCGAAUUGGGCUUCUUCAGUCCUAAUAAUUCUGCUAACAAGUAUGUGGGGAUAUGGCACAAGACUAUAUUUCCCCGCAAAGUUGUUUGGGUGGCCAACAGAGAAAAGGCUCUUUCAGUUACAGACACAUUGGCUAGUUUGACAAUUAACAGCAAUGGGAACCUGGAGCUUGUAGAUGGGAAACAGAGUUCUAUUUGGUCCACCAAAAUUUCAGUGUCAUCUAAUGGUUCAGCUGCACUUCUUUUCGACAGUGGAAACUUUGUUGUCCAAGAUGAUAUAGGAGCUCAAUUAUGGAGGAGCUUUGAUUAUCCUGGUGACACACUUCUACCAAUGAUGUUGCUGGGAUUUGAUAACAAAUCAGAAAAGAGGGAUGUCUUGACUGCCUGGAAAAGUGAGAGUGAUGGAUCAACCGGGUUGUUCUCGGUUGGAUUGGCACCACAGAUCCCAACACAAAUGUUCAUUUGGAUUAAUGGAUCAACUCCCUACUGGAGAAGUGGGCUAUGGGACAAAGCAAAGUUCCUCGGCAUACCAGGAAUGAAGGAUGAAUAUGUAAGUGGAUUAAAUCUAGAUGAUAAUGUGCAGCAGGGAACAAAGUAUUUCUCUUUUUUCUUGAACAGAAUUCUGGCAUAUAUGGAAAUCUCUUAUAAAGGUACACUAAAGCUUAUGUAUUCCGAACAUGGUGAGAACUGGAAUCUUAACUUUGAGGCCCCAAAGAAUCCAUGUGACCAUUAUGGAAUAUGUGGACCUUUUGGGGUUUGCAAAGCUUCCGAGUCUCCAAUCUGCAAGUGUUUGAAAGGGUUUAAACCCAAGUCACAAGAGGAAUGGAGCAAAGGAAACAGUGCAGGGGGGUGUGUGAGGAAAACCAAAUUGUUUUGUGGGAGUAACACAAGUAAGUUAGUUCCUUUGAGAGGAAAACAAGAUGGGUUUUUGAAGAUGUCAAGGGUAAACCUACCAGAUUUUCAUGAGUAUAUUUCGAAUUUGGGUGCUGAAGACUGCAAGGUACAGUGCAUAGGUAGUUGUUCUUGCCUUGCUUAUACACAUAUUAACAAUAUAGGGUGUUUGGUCUGGUCCAAAGACCUUAUUGAUAUUCAAGAGUUUGCCUCUGGUGGAGAUGAUCUUUUUAUUCGCCUAGCAUAUGCAGAAUUAGGUGAAAGAAAGCAAAUAAAGUUAAUGGUCAGCCUCAUAGCUGUUUGUUUUAUCAGUAUCUUGGCUGGCAUAGUGUUUAGCUUGCACAGAUUGCGAUCUAACCAAAAGAGAAACGUCAAAGUAACACCUAAGGACUUUGAAAUGGCUGAUAUGAUUGAGACUUCAGGAGACGCCCUUCUUCCUGUUCAUGAAUAUAUAAGAAAACAUGAUCCAUCAGAGUUAGUAAUCUAUGAUUUUGAUAGCAUAUUAAUUGCUACGAGCGAUUUCAGCAUCACAAACAAACUCGGAGAAGGAGGAUUCGGGCCUGUAUAUAGGGGUAAGCUACAAGAAGGGAAGGAAAUAGCAGUAAAAAGACUAUCUGGUAGCUCAGUACAAGGAAUAGAAGAGUUCAAGAAUGAGAUGCUGUUGAUCUCCAAACUCCAACAUAAGAAUCUUGUAAGGCUCAUGGGUUGCUGCAUUAAAGAUGAUGAGAAGCUACUAAUUUAUGAGUUCAUGCCAAACAAAAGCUUGGAUACUCUUUUGUUCAAUCCAAUGAGAAGAGCAGAGCUUGAUUGGGCUGAACGCUUCAAUAUUAUUCAAGGUGUUGCAAGAGGACUUCUUUAUCUCCACUAUGAUUCACGUUUGAAGGUAAUACAUAGAGAUUUGAAGGUAAGUAAUAUUCUGUUGGAUGAGAAGAUGAGCCCAAAGAUUUCAGAUUUUGGACUGGCACGGAUCUUUGAAGGGACACAGAAUCUAGCAAACACUCAGAAGGUUGUGGGAACUCUUGGCUAUAUGUCUCCAGAGUAUGCCAUGCGCGGGAUAUUUUCUGAAAAAUCUGAUAUAUAUAGCUUUGGGGUCUUGCUAUUGGAGAUUAUUAGUGGCAGGAAGAAUACCAGCUUCUAUUACCAUGACCAAGAGUUAGGAUUGAUAGCUUAUGCAUGGCACUCAUGGAAUGAAGGCAGGGGAUUGGACUUAGUUGAUGAAGUCUUGGCAGAUUCAUAUUCCCAAUCAGAAGUGACGAGAUGUGUGCAUAUUGGUCUUCUUUGUGUACAGGACAAUGCCGCAGACAGGCCAACCAUGCCAGAUGUAGUUUUCAUGCUGAGUAGGGAGACAGAUCGCCCACGACCUAAGCGGCCUAUAUUUACUUUCCAUAGCUCAGUCUCUGAUCCUCAACCGCGGUAUGACAACAUUUGCUCCGCAAAUGAAGAUACUAUAACACUGCUUCAAGGACGAUAAGGAAUUGCAGGCAAUCCUUGGUUGCAACAAUUUCUUCCAUUACCCAGCUUCAUACCCUCUUCCCACCAUUUUUUUUUUCUGAAAAUCUUUCCUUUUUGUUUCUCCUGUGAUUUCUUUAUAGGUAUGCAAAUUGUAUAUUCAAUCAAAUUGUUUAUAUUUCAUAACAGGUUAUAAGCAAUACUAGCAAAGGUGCCCGCGCGAUAACGCGAGUAUUAAAACUGUAUAAAACAUGUAAAAAUUUGUAAUAACAUAUAUGAAACACAAUAUUAUGCCAGCCCA